UCGAGUUCUAGAACUGGCGUGUCAUAUUUAUUUUUUAAGGCGGGCAGCGAAGCGGGAGGUAUUGAUUUGUGCACCGUGAAUAUAAUAAAUCUGUCUAAUUCCAAAGAAAGAACAUACGAAAAUAGCGUGAAGCAGUUAGUUGAAUGCAUGCAGCUAUGUCCCAGGAAAAGAGAAUACACCUGCAAGAGCUGCCAUCCUCUAGUGGUCAUGUGGCAAGAUUUACAAGAAUAGUUGAUCCAGCAAACGCUUUACGAGUUCAACUUAAAGAGAAUCUGGAAAAUGAAUGCACACCGCAGGAGCUAAUUCAGAGUUGGUCCCCACCACGAAAGUGUCCAAAAAUUUGUAAGGGGAAGGAAAAUGACUCUGCCCCUUUUGUACUUGCCCGCAGACCCAGAAAGAAGCCAGAGGCAGAAAGAGGGCUUUCCUGGGACAAUUUGCCUGAUGAGCUUCUGCUGGGAAUUUUUUAUCACUUGCCGCUGGCUGACCUACUAAGGGUUUCCCGUGCGUGCCGACGAUGGCAUUGCUUAGCAUUUGAUGAAUUUCUGUGGCACAGCAUUGACUUGACUGGAAAGUCCCUACUGGCACAUCCUCUCCAUCAGGCACUGAAUGCUGGAAUAGUUGCAUUACGCUGCCCAAGAACCUGUAUAGGCAAGCCUUUGUUAAGAGAUUCCUGUCCAUUUCGUCUUCAGCAUGCAGAUUUCUCAAAUUGCACGGUAAGCACUACAGUGCUGGAGGACAUUAUUGGCCAUUGCCAUCGACUCCAGAACCUGAGUUUAGAGGGACUUGUUCUUUCUGACCAAGUCAUGCUGUCACUGGCACAAAACACAGAGCUGGCGCAACUAAACCUGUCAGGAUGUUCAGGCUUUUCUGCUGAGUCUUUGAAGGAGAUGUUACAGCACUGUUCCUGCCUCAAGGAGUUGAAUCUGGCAUGGUGUACCUUUAAGGCUGAACACAUAGCAGCUGCUGUGAACAAUUUUCCAGAGGGUCUGACCCAGCUGAACCUAAGCGGCUACCGAGAAAGCCUGUGUGGAAAUGAUGUGGAAGUGCUGGUGAAGAGAUGUCUGAAUCUUACAAGUUUAGAUGUCAGUGACAAUGUGCUCUUGACGGCUGAUUGCUUCAAGUAUUUUCUUCAACUGAAUUCCUUACAGCACUUGGGCCUCAGUCGUUGUUACCAGAUAAAUCCGGCAUCUCUCAUAGAUUUUGAGAAGUGCCACAGCUUGAAAACUCUUGAAGUAUUUGGGAUUGUACAAGAUGUGCAUCUUCCUGUUUUGUGGAACAGCCUUCCUCGCAUUAAAAUCAACACCUGCCCCUUCACCACCAUUGCCCGGCCCACUACAGGUGGCAAAAACAGUAGGAACAUCUGGGGCAUCAAGUGUCGGCUGAGCUACAGAGGCCUCUUCAGCUUUUAGCACAGCAGCAGGGCUGGGGUCUUUUCACAAAAUUGGCAGCCUGGGGUCUGGAAAUGCUCCGAAUUUCGACUCGUUUCAGCAAGAGCAUUGUGCAGGUUCAGAGGACGCUGGUGGUACGAUUCAGGACGAGUUCAUGUUUAGUUUUAUUUCUUUUAAGAGUUUUAUUUUUAAGUCCCUUUUUAAUCUCGUUUUAGAAAAAGUGGAUGAAGACACUAAAAUCAUCAGUUGGCUUUAAAAGUUAGAUUCUUACAAUUCAAAUUCACCUAAAACAAGUUUGGAAUUCGGCCCACAAUGCUUUUACUACCCUGAAUUAUUUAAACUUGUUUUAAUAGUUAACCUUUUACAGUAGCAUUCCUCCAAAAGUGAUUUGUUUUAAAUCACUACCCUGUGUAUGAAGAAGCUGAUGCUUCAGAAUUUAAAAUGCACACUGUAGUAUUUUAUGGAUCCAUUUUUAGUACAUAAAAUCAGCCUUUCAAUGCCAAAACUGAAUAUUUUUUGGAAUACUUGGUGGCUUUUAUAAGCAACCAAAAUAGUACAAUAAGCCAAACGUUGACUUGAAGGCUUCAGCUCUAGAUAAAAGCUUAUAAUUUACAUUAUUCAUUGGAUUUCAGUGGUUUCUACAUUUCAUGUGUAUGUGCUAAUAAUGAAAGUCUGAAUUUCACAGCAGUAUGGACUUAUGUGAAGACGUCUCAUUUCCCAGAAUUCCCACUGAACCGGACAUUAAAUAUCCAUGUAAAAUCCAAGGGAUUGGUGUUCACUCGUAGCAUGCAGAGUCCUCCAUGCUUGGUUCUGUAGCACAUUAAUUGUGCAGGAAAACGUUUAUUGAAAUUAGAUUUGUAUUAAGACUCCUGCAGUAUGAUUGAUAUAUUUAAUAAUCACUGUACUUUGAAAUCCUGCUGUAAAUGCAGAGUGGCCAUCAAGUCUGUUUUGUCGUCAAUCCUUAGAUGACCAUCUUGUUUAAAUCCAAACCUUUACAAGUGAUCAUGAAAUCCUGCUGGGUAUUGGUAAGCGAUUUACUUCUUUAAACAUUUACAAAUUGAUAGAAUAAUCUGUAUAAAAGAUGUAAGAUUACAGUUGUCUUAUCUGCCAUAACUAGUUCUGUUUAUUCACUUCACACACAUUUGUGCAGCUCGGUAAAACUCUACAUGUCCUUUGGAACUUCUUUUGUUCUCGUUUCCAUGUUGCUGUUUUGCACACAUUUGAGUUUUCUGUCACAAACACACUUUAAACUUCAUGUUUGUUACGUUCACUUGCACACAACACCAUAAAGACCGGCUCACAUUGAUGCUUUUUCUUGGUUUUGUAUUGUAAUCCGUGCCGUUGUAAAUGCCAUAAAAUGCAUAUGAGUAUUGAUAUUUGGAACUUUACUUGAAUGGGUGUGGAGGUGUUAUUUUAUUUCAAAAUGAAGUUGUGAAUACCAUUUUUUUUUUUUUUUUUUUACAUCUGUAUAUAAUGUAAAGAUUCUGUCACUGUUUCUAAAAUAGUUACUUUUUAUGCAUCUUUUAUGGA